AUGCAAAAUUCUUUGAAUAUGAAUCAAAAACAAUGCUCUGAGCCAGGCUGUGAGCUUGAAGCCGAGUAUGGAUGCCAAUGCACCAGUCCUGAAACUUAUCUAUGCAAACUCCACUGAAUGAAACAUUGCGAAUUGCCCAAUAGGGAUCAUACCUUCGAAUCUGUUUUUCUAAAGCCAUGCGAAGGGACACAAGAAGCAAUUCUAGAAUUUCUUAAAAGCAAGCUGUCUGAAAAUCAAGAAUCAAGGAAAAAUAUUACAGUUUCCUUUAGCCAACACCUCAACAGCUCUGAAGAUAGCUUUGAGAAUUUCUUAAAAAGACUGGACUCUGAAUCAGCAGAAAUCAAAAUCUGCUUUGAGAAGAUUUCUGAAGCUAAAAAGCUAUCAAAAUUCGAGCAGGAUCCCCUGUUAAAGUUAUUGGCUUUACAGCCUAAUGAAGCUAUUGAGAAAAUUAAGCCAAUGCUAUCAUGCAAACCAGACUCAUAUACAAAUAUAAAUUUAAUUUGUAGCUUGACUGGAGAAAUCGAAAAAAUAAUCGAAAGCUUUAUCAAAAACAAAUUCGAAAAAUAUUUAGAAAAUAAGCUAUCUGGCUUAGAAAAAACGCUUGAAAAGCAUGAUCAAAUUAUCAAUUCGGCUAAUGAUUUUGUUGAAAAUCUUAAGGACACUAUUUCUACCCUAAUAGCUGAGAAUGAAAAGAGCAAAAAAGAUUUUGAAGAAUGGAAACAAGAAGUUGAGACAAAAAGAAAAUGAGAAGUAGCCUCAAGAAAUUCUCAGCUCUCCAACAGUAUCACGGAUAUCCUCAAAGUUUCAAAUUUAAACAAAAAACAAUUAAAUUUCAAAAACUGAAGCCCAGAUGUAAAAAUAAAUGAAAUUAAAUCUGCAACUUUGAAUGAGGCUUUCAACUCAGAAAUAGACCAAGAUUCCAUUAGUGUUUGCUCACUAUAUGAGAGUGAAAUCCUCUCAGUUCCUGACUUAAGGUUUUAUUAUCAAGACAAUUUUGAUACAGAAAUUAAAAAAAAAUCGCUUUAUCUUAUUGAUAAAGGUAUAAAUAAAAAUACAAAUUUGAUUGUUUUUGACACAGAAAAUGAAAUGGAAGACAUAAAAACCUUGAAUAUUUCUGAUCAAUUAGACUCUGGUACGUGUAUAGCGCAGCUUCCUGAUGGCAAAUUUUUCUGUUUUGGAAAACGUUGUCCAGCUUCUGGGAUUUCGUUGACAAUUGACAAAAAACUUAAGAUUUGCAUGAUGCCGUCAGGAACACCCUGCUGUUAUUCAUCAGCUGUUUAUUUUAAUAGAAAUAUUUAUUGCUUUGGUGGGUGAAAUGACGAGAAAUCACCUUUAGCCUUAUCAGAAAGAUUUGAUAUGAACGAAAAUAAAUGAAUUAAAUUAAGCCCAUUGCCAAAUCCGGAUUGCUGUUUGCAUUCCUUGAUUUUUAAGAAAAAUAUUUUAAUAUCUGGGAGUGAAAAUCGGAAACUUUUGAGGUAUUCUAUUUUAGGAAAUGAUUUUACAACAAUUCCUUUUGAAUUUGCUGAAAGGAAAAGGAAAAUAAUGGUAAAUGCAGUCAGGCUGUAUUUGAUUGAAUGCGGGGGAUUUAUUUAUGAAAGCGAAAUUGAAGAUGAUACGGUGUGGAAAAUAAUAGCUCCCUCAGUAAUCAGUGAAAUUUGCCCAUGGCAAGUAUAUUGCUUAUAUAAUAAGGAGACAAUUUAUAUUGGGUGUAGAGAUCUGAAUGAAUAUUACAAAUUUAGUUUGCUUAGCAAAAAUAUGGCUGCGAUUUUACACACCUCUCAAGAAAGCUGUUUGACUUUUUAA